AAUUAUUCAUGACGUUGCGUACGUAGCUUAUAUUUCUCACAAAAAGGAGGCCAUUUAAUUGCUCGAUCUCAUUGACGGCAGAACUGCCAUAUAGCUACAGUGUCUGAAGACCAUUUUCAGGAAGGAGCGGAAAAAGAACAUUCAACAUGUCCGACGAGGGAAAGCUGUUUGUUGGUGGCUUGAGCUUUGAUACCACAGAGGAUGUCUUGGAAGAGGCCUUUUCAAAGUAUGGGAGCAUCACGAAAGCUGAUGUGAUCAGAGACAGGGAAACGGGCAGGUCGAGAGGGUUUGGCUUUGUAACGUUUGAAAACCCAGAGGAUGCCAAGGACGCCAUGAAUGGCAUGAACGGAAAGGACCUUGAUGGCAGAUCUAUCCGGGUAGAUGAGGCUGGAAAAUCUGGAUCGAGGUCCGGAGGAGGAUUCAGAGGGGGCAGGGGUGGAGGGAGUGGAUUCUACCAGCAAAGGGGGGGCCGGGGUGGAAGAGGUGGAGGAUACGGGGGUGGAGACCGGUAUGGAGGCGACAGGAGUUACGGAGACCGGAGCGGAGGUUACGGUGGCGGUGGAUAUGGCGGUGGUGGCGGAGGUUACCAGAGGAGCAGCGGUGGUGGAAGAUACGGUGGCAGCAGCGGUGGCGGCGGCGGUGGAGGAUACUACAACAGAGACAGGGAACAGCACUCCUACAGGGAAAGCUAUGACGGCUAUCCAAACGAAUAAAAAUCCUCCUGGUUCAAGACCAUCCCUUCGCUGGCUGUAUUUAAAAAGAUGCACUCUUCGAAGAAUUUGUUUUGAUUCUGCAAGUGUUUUUUUUUGGUGUUCUGAAUAGAGGCAUUUCUGUUUCGGCAGCAGAAAGAUUUGAUGCAUCAGCUUUAGGAGAUGCCUACUCUUGUAGCGUUUCAUUUUGGUCACUGUAAGAUGGUGAACUGUUCACAAGGAUUUCUGUACCACAAGCUCAUCAUGCAGUACUUUUGGCAGAGAAACUGAACCAAGACUUUGCAGCUGUUUUUUAACAUUUCUAUAUACAAACAGGCUUGUUCCAUGAGUAAGUGUAUACUGGUAAACAGCCUGGCAGUGUUAACAACUUUGAUACCCCCCCACUCCCCAAACCACAACCUGUUCAUUAAACUCUCGACUCCAAAAUGCCUCGUUGGUUCUAUGUAACGAUUCGCAAUUGCCAAUUGGCCUUUGACCUAUUUAAGCCCCGUUCUAAACAUUUAUUUUAAAUGCUCACUUUUUUUCUUUUUAAUCCUGGGGUCAUGAUAGACUGUGACAUGCCUCAUCGUUUUCUGUAAUGGCAGUUCUUUAGCGUAGCAAGGUUGGAAUUUUUCAAUAAAUCACUGCAAUAUGGCCUCAUUAAAAAAAACUAAAAAAAAAAAAAAAAA